UUGGAUCCAAAACUCAAAACAACGACAAUUUGUGGAAAAUGCGAACAGAAUGUCGUUGAGUAAGUUUACUUUUAAAAAAAGCUAUUGAAUAAAAAUCUGUGGUUUUUUUUGCAGAAAAAACAUCAGAAUGCAUGCAGUUCAACAUUGUCGUUUUAUUGAUAUGCGAGAGAAUCUCUGCGAUUUACACAAUUUCAAAAUCAAACGAGCAAAAUCAGACAAUUCCUAUAAUUUUUGUAAUAGUUGUAGUUUUCGACACAAUCGAGCUAUUGAUCUAAAUAUUCGAAGAAUGGUCAAUAUUUGUUUCCCAUUAUACAUUUGUGUUAGUUUUUUUUGACUGGUUUUCAAUUAAAAGUUUCAAUUUUCAGAGAGUUAGCAGUUAUCAAACUAUUAAUGGACUCAAUUCUUCAUUGGUCAUUUAUUUGCCACGUGAUUAUGCUGCUCUUAAAGAUGAUAUGGUUCAACCAGUCACAAAUCAUCUGGAAAAAGAGUUGCCGGAAAUGAUUGAUAUGAUAAAACAAGAAAAUGAUGAAGAUUUUGGAAUGGAUAUUGAGGUUAAAAAAGAGUUUAUGGAAGAUAUUGAUAUUAAAAUGGAAGUGGAAGAAGAGGAAGAAUAUGAAGAUGAUGAUUAUGAGGAGGAAGACGAUUUUGUUGAUGAUAAAAAUAAGGAUUCAGAUUUCAAACUUACUUCUGAAUCGGAACAAGAAGAUAUUGAUGAAGGAGAGGAAGAAGAUGAGGAAGAGGAACAUGAGACAAAGAAUCAAUCCGCUCGCGUGAUUGAGACCAAGGAAUUAGUUGGAAAAUUCUUCGAGGAAAGUGCUCAUCCUUCUUGUAAGCAAAUUAAUAAGGUAUUUAACCAUUUUUUAACAAAUUUUCAUCAAUAAAUUACAGUUUUGCAAGGAGAAUAAUUUCAAAUUUUGGAAUGUUGAUCGAAGAAUGAAAUCACUUCGACAAAAAAAUCAGAUAAAAUGUGAAGAUGGUUAGUUGCUACAAAAGCUCAAUGAUUUUUAAUCUGAAAAAAAAUAUUUUCAGAUGACUCGUGUAAUAGAAUUCUGGCUUAUCAACAAAUGAAAGAUCAACCAAUUCAAGAGAUAAUUGAAGGUGAAAAUAAGCAGAAAUUGAUGGAGAUUUUGGAGGAUUAUCAUAAGAGGAAGGAGUAUUUUCGAGUUUCGGAUUAUUUUGAAUAUGCCGAAGAAUUCGAUUUGAAUCCGUACGCGAUUAAACGUUUACAUGAGAAACAUAGAAAUGCUAUUUUAUCGAAAUUAUCUAGAAAAAAUCGGAUGGAAGUGUUUGAAGAGGAAAAUGAGGGAGUUCAUAAAUCGGGUUUGAAUUCCAAGCAUGUUGUUUUUCGACCGCCGAAGAAUACAAGAAUUCCAAAAGAAAAAGUUGAGGAAUUGAGAAACGAAUAUGAAAAUGAGGAAAUAUGUUCGAAUGAAAGAGCGAAUUCUAUUGGAAAAAGGUUGGGAUUAGCAAAGGAUACUGUAUUCAAUUGGUUUAAGCGAGAGCAGAAGAAUCGAAAUAAUGGAGAAGUUUGUGGAUUUUAAAUUGCUGAAAAAUCUGAAAAAAUUUUCAGAGAAAAGAGCGUCGCCACACUUACACCAAAGAGGAAAAAGAUUAUUUGAAUGAGAAAUUCGAGAAAAAUCCAUAUCCGAAUCCUGAGGAGAAAAAGGAGAUGGCUGAUGAGUUGGGAUUGACAAUUGGAAAUAUUCAUUAUUAUUUGAAUACGAAGCGAACUGAAGUUAGGAAGAGAAAGGUGAAUUCAAGCGGUCGAGUCUAGGGAACACGCCUAGAGAUCCACUUCGACAAGGAGCCGCGCCUUGAGGAAUCUAUGUCAAAUAGUCAAGCCUAGAGAGAGUGGUUGAGCUUAGAGAACUACUUUGGCUAGGAGCCAAGCCUUUAGAUCUCUAUGUCAAGUAGCCUCACCUAGAAAGUUCAAUUUUCAAAGCGUCGCCUCUUUAGAGCUCUAGUUUUCUCCCGCCCCAUUCAAAAAACCCACCACUUUCCAUUAGCUACCAGAUUUGUUGAAAAAUAUUUCGAAAAUCAAUCACAUAUCGCAAAUACAUAAGUCUGUAAGCAGAAUAAUAUUUUGUAAUAUUUAAAAAAAAUUAAAAAAAACAUAUAUGCAGAAAAAUGUCGAAAAAAUUAAAUAUAAAGUUUACUAUUUUUUGAGAGAGCGCAGACAGAAAAAAUAGUUUAUUGUAUUUUUUUGUCUGUCUGCACUCUCUCGAUUUCGUGUUGUCUCCACUCGAAAAUAGUAAACUGUAUAUUUUCUUUAUUAUUCUGCAUAGGCCCAUAGAAAUUUCAUUUUCAUUUCAAAAACAAUUUUUUUUCAGGAAUGGGAAGUUGUUGGAAACGAAAUCAAGGAAAUGGAACAAGCGAAAAUCGAUGGAUUGAUGAAAGCGUUCGAAGAAUAUCCGAAUUCCAAAUUUGAGGAUAGAGUUAAGGUAACCCGCUUCACUUUAACAACCUAGAACCCAGAUCUAUUUUAAAAAAUAGUUUGCAGAUUGCUUCGGAUCUUAAAGUAUCCUAUCAAUUAGUCACGUUGUGGUUUGAAAUCAAAGUUUUGGAAGGAAGAAGAAAGAGAAAAUCGGAAUAUGGAAGUAGAAAAAGAAAACGACAACGAAGAUAUCGGGAAUCUGAAAGUGAAAGUGAAUCUGAAGAGGGAGAAGAGGAAGAAGAUCCAAUUUGGGAAUCAUUGAAACUCCUUGUCCAAGAUGCGACAAAAAAUAAUAAUGUAGUGCAAAGAAAAAGCUCACGAGAAAGAAUUACUCGAAAAAAUUUGGAAAUUUCGGAUGAAGAGGAGGAAUUUGAUGAUGAAGAUGAAGAUUGGGGAAUUCAAAUGUUGGCACAAAAUAUGGAAGAUCAAGUUGAAUCACUGGAUAUAAUCAAGUGA